CUGUACUGAUCGGGCCGGACUCUGAAGUCUGAACUGCAGCGGGUAAUCGGAUUAACCAGAAAGGGAAAUGGCGACACCCAGUCCCAGACCCAGAGAGCACAUAGAGGAGAUCAGAAGGAAGACGUUCAAGAUCGGGGGGAACGAACCCGACCUCACCAAUCUGUAUCGGCAUCACGCCAUCAACUAUCUCGCCGCUGAGCUCUACACCAAGGACGUCCACUUCCUCAUGGAGCUCAACCAGAAUGCGGAGGACAACGAGUACUUGGAGGGGGUAAAACCGUCACUUGAAUUCGUGAUAACUACGCGGGACAUUACGGCGACCGGAGCUCCGGCGACCUUGCUGGUCUUCAACAACGAGAAGGGAUUUUCCGCUAAAAAUGUUGAGUCCAUUUGCGGCAUUGGAUGCUCCACUAAGAAAGGCCAGCGAAAACGAGGCUAUAUCGGCGAGAAAGGAAUUGGGUUCAAGAGUGUGUUUCUCAUCACAACACAGCCUUACAUAUUCAGCAAUGGUUAUCAGAUACGGUUUAAUGAAGAGCCUUGCCCACAUUGCAAAAUUGGAUACAUUGUCCCAGAAUGGGUUGAUGACAACCCAGCACUUUCCACCAUAAAACAAAUAUAUGGCUCUGACUCUGACCUUCCAACCACAACAAUUGUCUUGCCUCUGAAGCCUGACAAGGUUAGCCCUGUAAAGCAGCAACUCUCGAAAAUCCAUCCUGAAGUUCUUUUGUUCCUUUCAAAACUAAAGAGGUUUUCAGUCAAGGAAGACAACGAGGAUCCUAGUCACAAUAUAGUGAGCGGGAUAUCCAUUUCAAGUGAGACUGAUUUUACUGCAAAGAAGAAUAUUGAUGCUGAGACAUAUGUGCUACAUCUUUCAGCUGAUAAAAAUGAUGACAAUAUGGAGAAAGAUUGCAGCUAUUACAUGUGGAGGCAGAAGUUUCCAGUCAAGCAGGAAUAUAAAGUAGAAAAACGGAUGGAAGUGGACGAGUAUAUGGUUACAAAUUUUCCUUUCAUAAUUCAAGCAGAUUUUCUACUAGCAUCUUCGAGGGAAACAAUCCUUUUGGAUAACAAAUGGAAUCAAGGUAUUCUCGAAUAUGUGCCCAGUGCUUUUAUCAAUGCAUUCAUUUCCCUGGUGAAAACCGUGGAAGGAGCCCCUGUAUCUACUCUGGCUCAUAUGUUCGAGUUCCUACCCAUCAACAUCCCUCCUUACCCUGCGCUGAAUGCUGUGAGAGACAGUAUUAAAGCCAAACUGGUUAAUGAAGACAUAGUUCCCUGUGAGUCAUACAUGGAACAGAAGUUAUUUCGGAAGCCUAUUGAAGUGGGUGUGGUAAUGCCUUCUUUCUGGAAUAUACUGAACAAGGCAAGGAAGGAUGGGGUGAGCUUGUAUAAUAUCUCAUCGCAUGGGAGAUAUUUGCUAAGUUCUUCAUUUGACAGAGAGAAGUAUGAUCAAGUGUUGAACUUCUUGGGAGUGAAACCCGUGGAGGAUAAAUGGUAUGUUAAGUGCAUCCGCAGUUCUCAUCUCAUACUAGGAGUCUCAGAGGAGGUGUAUUUAGAGCUACUAGUAUUUGUAGCCAAGAACUGGAGGUCAAAUUUUCAGAAUACUAACAUCAAGGACACUCCGCUUCUGAAGUAUGUGAGUUAUAAUGAUGAUGUCUCUUUGUUUAGUAUAAAUGUCUCACUGGGGUAUGCAGGGAAGGUUCUUGCUUGCGAGCCUCAUCAUGUGCCAUGGUUGAUCGAUUGGAACAGUGAAUUUGGAUGUUCAUCAGGCCCAUUUUUUAUUCCUAAAUCUACACAAGAAGCUAUACAACAGCAACAAUGGUCUGAGAAGCAGAUAUUGUUGGGGUGGCUUUCAAAUGAGGUGAAGGUUCGGACUGUAAGUUUGUACAACUAUUUCUGACACUAUGCAGCCCUUCUUGUUGAUUUGCUUAAGGGUGAUAGGAAGCGCGCUGUUACUUUUGUUCAUUUCUUAUAUCACUCGCUUUCAAGGAACUACCUGUCUGGGAUAGAUGUUAGGCGAUUGUGUUGCAAUAUGCCGCUUGUAGAUAACUAUGGGCAGGUAACCACACCAAGGAAUCGAGUUCUUGUUCCUGCUAAUGGAAGCAAAUGGGUUCGUCUGAUCGGAUCUAAUCCGUGGAGAGCUGAAGGCUUUCUUGAGCUAGCGGAAGACUAUCGGCGACCUGUCAUACAUGCAGGUGUUAUCACCCCUGAGGAACAGCUUAUUCCUUUUCUCAGAAGUCAUGUUGGGGCUUCUGAUGUCCCUGAUUUGUCUCCACCCAAUGCAGUAAUUCCUACAAUGUCUGCUCCUCUAACCAAUGAUAAUACGUUCUUGCUGUUGGGUUGGAUUCACUUGAUGCAGAAAGGGGUUAGCAUGCCAAAAAUGUUCUUGAAAGGCAUAAAGGAGGGAAGCUGGAUGAGGGUUUCCUUGGGGAGCAGGCCAGGCUACCGGCCUCCAUCUCAGUCAUUCCUACCAAACUCAUCGUGGGGCCAUCUUCUGCAGAAUGAAAAUGUGCUAGUUGAUAUCCCAAUAAUUGAUCAGAAGUUCUAUGGUUAUGAAAUAAGCAAAUAUAAAGUGGAGCUUGGAGAAAUAGGAGUGAUGUUUGAUUAUGGAGAGGCUUUCCAAUUUAUCGGGAAGCAUCUCAUGUCUUCGGCAGCCUUCUCCUCUCUAACGAGAGGGAAUGUUUUUUCGAUAUUGAAGUUCAUAAAGUUUCUGAGGGAGGGAAUUCUGCCUGCUCAGAACUUCAUCCAAAGUAUCCGGGAAGGGAAAUGGAUACGAACUUCACUUGGCGACAGAUCCCCAGUUGGAUCUGUUUUGUUUGAUCAGGAAUGGGAAACUGCAUCGCAGAUGAGUGCCAUCCCAUUUAUUGAUAAAGAUUACUAUGGGGAGGAAAUACUUCAGUUUAAAACAGACCUUCAGUUGGGCGUGGUAGUUGGAUGGAGUGAGAAUUACCAGCUUGUUGCUGAAUAUCUGAAACCUGCAACGGGCAUCAAUGUUCGAACGGUUGAGUCUGGUCUUUUCAUUUUGAACUGCAUGCACCGUUUAGGAUCACCUGAUAAAUUAAUUAAAGUCUUUAAAGAUAAUAAAUUUUUGAAGACAAACAUGGGCUACAUGGCUCCAGUUGGGUCUCAUCUUAUCAGUCCUGAAUGGGGCUGUCUCCUUCAGAUUUUCAACAGCUUUGCUUUAAUCGAUGAAAAUUUUUAUGGGAGCAGCAUCUUCUCAUAUAAAAAUGAGUUAAAGAAACUGGGGGUGGUAGUGGAUUUUGAGCAGGCAAAAAAGGUGUUUGCUCGUGAGUUCAGGCAGCAAGGAGAGCUCUCCACUAUUGGAAAGGAACGUGCUUUCUCUUUGCUGGCCUGUUACAGAAAGUUCACGGGUACAUCUUUUGAAUUCUGUGAUGAUUUGAUGAGAUGUAUCCUUGAGGUUAAAUGGUUGCGAACUCGCCUCGGUGAUUUUAGAGUCCCGGGAGAGUGCAUUUUGUUUGGGCCUGAUUGGGAAUCUAUAUCUUGCAUAUCUCUGCUUCCUUUCAUUGAUGACGCUGACAAUUGGUAUGGCAAGGGCAUCUAUGAAUAUGAGAAGGAGUUGGAAAGUAUGGGAGUUAAAGUUGCCUUCAAGGAUGGAUGCGGGUUUGUGGCUACCGGCCUUAAGUUACCAUUUGAUCCCAGCUGCAUAACUCCUGCAAAUGCUUACUCAUUACUUGAAUGUAUUCGCAUUUUACGGACACAGAACAAUGGCCCUUUACCUGAUUCUUUUCUGACGAAAGUGUCUCAAAAAUGGUUGAAAACCUCUUUUGAUUAUAGGCCUCUUGGUAAGUGUUUACUUUAUAAUUCUGAUUGGAAGUCAUUGCAACGAGAGGAUGGACCUUUCAUUGAUGAAGAAUUUUAUGGCUCCAACAUUACAUCUUAUGCCAAAGAGCUUAGCGCAAUUGGAGUAACUAUUGAUGCAAGAAAUGGCGGACCAUUGCUUGCCAAUCACCUGCAUUUCUUUUCAAAAUUCAGUACCAUUGCUCAAAUAUAUAGUUACUUGCAAGACUGCAACUGGAACCCUGAAACUGGAUAUGAAAGGAAAAUUUGGAUCCUAAGUGGAAGUGAUGAUGGUGAAUGGGCAGCACCUCAAGAUUGCGUCCUACGGGACAAGGAUGGGCUGUUUGAUAAACAUUUUAAUGUGUUGGAGAAGCAUUAUGGAAAGGAGUUACUUCUUUUUUUCUCAAGUGCUUUUGGAGUUAAAUCCUGUCCUUCACUUGUUGACUAUUGUGAGCUCUGGAAGGAAUGGGAGUUGUGUGGACGGCCCUUAACACUUGAAAGGUGUUGUGCGUUCUGGAAAUUUGUUGUAAGCCGCUGCAGUUCGGAGACACUGAAAAUGCUUGGUGAACAUUUGAUUAAACUGCCUGCGUAUUCAGCAUCAGAUGAAAUUUUGUUGAUUGAGAGGCAUGAUGUUUUUAUUGCUGAUGACCUUCCUCUGAAGGAUCUUUUUGUGCAGUCGUCUUCCCAGCCUCUAUUUGCUUGGUAUCCCCAGUCGAGCAUUGCAUCUUUGCCUCGGUUUAAGCUGCUUGAAGUUUACAGCAAAAUUGGAGUCCGAAACCUAUCUGAAUCUGUCCAGAAAGAAGAAAUGUCCAUAACUGAUGGUGCUGGACUUCAGCAAGUUAGCCCCAGGGAAACUUUAAUUGGAAAAGGGCUGCUUAUGCUGAUCCUAAGUUUUCUAGCUGGACCAGCUCUCAAAAUGGAAGCAGAAAACAGGCAUGAACUUGUGCGAUGUCUACUUAAUCUGACUGUCUUUGAGACAGCGGAGCCAGUCAAAAUUUGUUACAGUUUAUCGCUCUCGUCAGGAGAAAAGUUGAAAGCUGAGGCGACACGAAUGAUUCGUUGGGAGAGGGAGAAUAAAGAGCUUUUUGCACAAAAGAUGAACAGGUCGGGUGGGCAUAGAAGUAUCAUUGAAUAUGCUACAUCUUUUUCUGAGGUGAUAUCUGCUGGAUUACUGUGGGAGAAUGAAGACCAAAUGCACCAACUGGCAGAGCUGAUCAAAUUAGGCUUCCUCUUGGAAUUUGAGGAGCAAGCGAUUGGGUUUCUCAUGAAAACCAAGAAUCUUCAGCUAUUCGCAGAGGAUGAAAGGUUCCUAUCUUCUGCUUUCCCUUCCGAUUAG